UGCUGGACGCCAUGUGCCCAGUGACGGGUGUGUGUUUCUGCAGCUGGUAACAGGGCGUAUACCUGUGGUCAUCGGCCGUCACAUGUCAGGUACUCAAUUGGGCCUGUCGGACAGUAUCCCUCGUCAAUACUGACCUUCAACCCGACUUAAUGUGGAAAAUAUUGUGAUUCCCGGUAUCGUUCGUUGAGCUAGGGUUUGAAUUGUGUGCUUAUCCGCCUACAUUAUACCGUGUACACUACAGAGGCCAGACACGACUGCUGGCCAACUCUACGGGCCAGGCCAGGCACGACUGCUGGCCAACUAAACGGCAGUAUUACCCGUACUACACUGACACAACUAGUACUCAUAAUGGAACUAUUGAUAAUUUUAUCUGUGGCUAUCUCACUAUUAGCCGUUCAUGUGGAUGGUCGUUCAUCGUGUGUCCGUAUCACCAAAAGUCAUCCAUGUCAACAAUUUUAUUUCCAUUUUGAUAAUGAGGGAAACACAUUUAAAAACCAAAGUAACGUUUUUAAUGUGACUGCGAAAUUAAGUAAUUCUAAACGUGAAUCGUUCGAGGCGUUUUUCUGUGUUGUAUUUUAUCCGCCCUGUGGUGCCAGUGUGGACUACUUGCUUCCGAAUAUCAGGACUCCACAUGUGGUGCCAUGUCAGGAAUUCUGUACUUCCACUUGGAAACUGUGGCGCCGGAUGUUUAUAAAAAAGAAGAUACCACAAGAUUCGGCGUGGCCGUGGGGACUUCGGUGUGAGAGCCUUCCACGGAAAGACUGCAUCAAACGAUCAGCUUACGGCACCUGGAAAUACCUCCACAAACAUUCCAAAGAUGACAAUGUGAUUCCGAUUUUGAGGGACGACGAUGAUGAGAUUGACGACAAGCCGCCCCGUUUGACAUCCGAACAAAUUAUCCCGCGUCGAUAUGACGUCAUAGACCAGGGUAACAGCAAGUUGUUCCGGGGCUGGGCUGAUGUCCAGGGUACAGGAGCCGCAAAUGACUACUGCAGAGUCAUAGGGAAAAGAAAGAAACAAUUUCUGGCUUGUGCCUUGGCUGGGAGCGUGGGACAGGACCACCGGUACGUGUCCAGAAUGGGAUUCGACGCUGGCCUCAAGGAUACGUGGUACAUGCGUGACGCCAACAAUGACGGCAGGGACGAUUACUGCAGGUGUGUCGGUAACAGUACAGUGUCCAGGAUAUCUUGUAUGAAGGCGGAGAGAGACGGCUUCCGGAGCAGCCCGUUGGUGGGCGGAAGUCAGUAUUCGUUUGAUCUGAUUGGUUCAGAUGGAUGUUUCGGACAGGAAGUGAAUCCUUUUACAGGUUUAUAACAAAUUAACAAGUGGUAUUUUAAGAACAUGGAAUCAUCAUAAGCAGUAUUUCUGUGUGUCUAUUCGAUGUGUGGUCUUUUAUACUUCUGACCAUUCGCGGACAAUGCUUGUAUCUUUAAAAAAUACAAUGUAGUCAAAAAAGACAUCGUUCACACAUUAUCACUGGGUAUUACAACGGAAGAACAGUUUGUACAAAUCUCUCAUCGUUAUUUAUUAAAAUACUUUAAACUUCAA